AUGACAGAGGCAGAGAGAAAGUCCUUUGUUGAAAGGCAAAAAGAUAAGUUACGUGGACAGCAGAACAUGUUCACGAAGCAAUCUGAUACUCAGAAAGCUGCAACACUGGCAAGUUAUGUUGUAGCUUACAAAAUCGCAAAAAGCAAUAAAACUUUGUCGGAUGGUGAGUUUGUAAAAGAUUGCAUGGUGGCUGUAAGCAACAUUAUUUGUCCAGAAAAAAGUAAAGAGUUUCAAUCUUUAGCUUUAUCACGGAGAACGAUAACUGAUCGAAUUGACGCCAUCGCUGCACAAUUAUCGUCACAGCUGGAACAGAACUGUAACGAAUUUGAAUACUUCUCUCUAACCAUGGACGAGAGCACAGACGUGAGCGAUACUGCCCAAUUGCUGAUUUUUAUUCGAGGAAUUGAUUCAGAAUUCAACAUAACCGAAGAAUUAGCAUGCUUACAAUCCUUGAAAGGAAAAACCACUGGAAAAAAUAUUUACGACUCUUGUUUUGAGGGUCUUUCAAAGUUUCACUUGCCUAUGGACAAAUUAUGUAACAUAACCACGGAUGGAGCACCAAAUAUGGUGGGUAGCAAUUUGGGGUUUAUGGGUAUAUUUUGCAAAGAAAACCCUAAUAAUAAUGUAUUAUUUCUGCACUGUUUAAUACACCAAGAUGUGUUGUGUAAAGCAGCUAUUGACAUACAACCCGUUUUGAGUGUGGUUGUUAAACUUAUCAACACAAUACGUUCACGGGGUUUGAUGCAUCGACAAUUCCAAGCAUUUCUAAAAUCCACCGAAAGCGAGUUUUCUGAUCUCCUCUACCAUACUAAAGUGAGAUGGUUAAGCUAUGGCACUGCAUUUGAGAGAGUGUGGAACUUAAGAAAGGAGAUUCAAGACUUUCUGACGGUGCAAGGCAAAUGGGACGACUUUAAGAUCAUGUCUGACGAAAAUUGGCUUGCUGAUUUCGCAUUUUUCACAGAUUUGCUGUCGCACUUAAACAAAUUGAAUACAAAGCUUCAGGGCAAGAAUCAAUUCUUAGAUGAGCUUUGGGGACAUUUAAAAGCCUUCAAAUUGCAGCUUAAAUUGUUUUGCUGUUGUAUAGAGAAAAAUGAACUUACCCAUUUUCCCAAUCUGAGCAGUAUAUCACCUGUCUCAAACGACAAAUUAAAAAGGUUCGCUCAACAGCUAAAGAAACUGCACGAAGAAUUUGAGAAGAGAUUUCAAGAUUUUAUGACAAUUGAGCCUUCACUAAAUAUUUUUUCGAUGCCUUUUAAUGUCAACAUCGAUGAAACACCCGCCAACCUCCAACUUGAACUAAUUGAGAUGCAAUGCAAUACCCAUUUGAAGCAACUGUUUCUUAACACCAGCAAAUUGGAAUUUUAUAAGUCCAUACCUAGGACACAAUACCCAAAUAUAGUUGCUCACGCCCAAAAAAUAAUGGCUAUGUUUGGUACAAGCUAUUUGUGCGAACAAACUUUUUCAAUAAUGAAAUUAAGAAAAAAUUGUCUUCGUAAUAGGCUUUCGGAUGACCACCUUUAUUCACUACUAAAAUGUUCAGCAUCACAAAUGGAGCCGGUUUAUGAUGAAAUCAUGCAAAAACAAAAACAGUUCCACAUGUCACAUGUCCCCACAAAGACCAGCGCUCCUCAACCUUCUACUUCGCAGCUAACUUAA